AUGCGGUCGCUACUUCUAUCCUCGACGUUAUGCCUGUUCGCACACGCGCAGCAGCAUGGUAUCUCUCCGCGCCUCGAUAGUCGCACCGAAGCAAAAGAUGCCUUCAUCGACGACCUGCUUUCGCAAAUGGAGAUCCCGGAUCUUGUCCAACAGCUACACCUCACCUUCGCCGACAAUGUCAUCGGCCCUGCUUCAGACAACUCCCUCUACGACUUCGAACUGCGCUUCACGCCCAAUGCCUCGAUAGGCCACAUGCACGACUGGUACCCGCUCAACAAGACCUACUACAACGAACUGCAACGUCUCAACAUCGAGAGCUCGAGACUCAAAAUCCCAUUCUUGCAUUGGGCAGAGUGCCUUCAUGGUGUAGGCAGCUUUAACCAAAGCAUGUUUCCGCAGGCCCUUGCGCUUUCGAACAGCUGGGAUACCGAGCUAGUGCACCGCGUUGGAAGAGCGAUUGCCGCCGAAGCACGGAGCAUCGGUGUGCAAGCAUGUCUUGCGCCUGUGCUCGAUCUGUGCAAGGACCCGCGCUGGGGCCGGUGUCAAGAGGACUGGGGCGAAGAUAAGGUUUUGACGUCGCAUAUGGGUGUUGCUUUUGCGAGUGGCUUGUCGAAGAAUGGAAGUUGGGCGGAGAGUGAUGCUGUGGCUCCAGUGAUGAAGCAUUUUGCAGCGCAUGGGACGCCACAAGGUGGCAGCAAUGGUGCGCCGUUUAUGGGCCACGGGAAUCGCGAGGUGCUUGAGGAGCAUCUACUGCCAUUCAAGAGUGUGGUAGAUAAGGGCGGCGUGAGGGGCGUGAUGAUGGCAUAUCAUGAGCUGGACGAUGUGCCCAGCCAUGUCAACCCUAUGCUUUAUAAGCAGUUGGAGGAAUGGGGAUUCGAUGGAUUCGUCACUGCUGAUGACACCGGCAUGAAACAGUUGCAGGUCGGACACCAGGUCGCUGACUCGCCGGCCGAUGCUAUCGCACAAUACUACAAUGCCGGAGGAAUGGUCCAGUUCUACGAUUAUCCUCUCUACACGCUUCUCAACGCUACUCAGGAUCUGAUUGCCAACGGCACCGUUAAUGAAGCCCUACUACGAGGAAAGGUCAAGAAGGUUCUCAGUGUCAAGUACGACCUCGGUCUCUUCAACGAUCCUUAUAUUCCCGAUGACGUGGAUCCUUACCAGCUUACAAAAGACCAUGUGCCUUUGACCUUGGAGUCCGCACAGAAGAGCAUCGUGCUAUUGGAAAAUAGAAACAAAACCCUUCCUUUGAGCAAAGACAAUGGAAACAGUCAGACUAUUGCGCUGAUUGGCCCGUUUGGUGAUAUCCUCAACUACGGCGAUUAUUCUGGUCAAUACGGGAUGGCCCCUGUAGCCAAUUCUACAACCCUCCAGCAAGGCAUCUUGAACCAUCUUGGAGGCACCGGCGGGAAGCUGGUGGCCAGUAUGGGCGCGAACACCUGGCUGUAUAAUGCACAUUACCCUAUCCCGCCCUAUCACUUGUCGGUCAAUGGCUCUUCCGGGGGCUUAAAAGCCACUUACUACGCGGACACAAAUUUUAGUCAGCCGAUAGUGAAGAGGGUAGAGACGCCGGUAGGUUCUUGGGGUCUGUACCCGCCACCCGGUCUGCCAUCCAACAACUUCAGCGUUGUAUGGGAAGGCGAACUGGUGCCGGCAGUCGACGACGACGUAGAUGGAUGGCUAGGGGUCGCUUUGGGCGCCAACACCACCGCGAAGAUUUACGUAGACGGGAAACUGCACGUCGAUGUUCCGUCGACAACAGCCGGCAACAUCCUGUCCAACAUCCCCGAGCGCUCCUACUCAAUAAACAACAGCACGCAAGCUCCGCCCGGCUCCGAGCCAUUCACAUUCAAGAAAGGCACAAUCUACCACAUCCGCUUGGAAUACCAGACCUGGAACCUAUACCAGAAGAUCGAAAACCUCGGCUCCCUAAACUCCCAAGUCUACCUCUUCUGGAACCUCGUCGACCGCAAGUCUCCCAUCGAGAAAAGUGUGUCCAUCGCUCAAGAUGCCGAUGUCAUCGUCCUCGCUCUAGGCGGCGCAUGGAACAGCGACGGCGAAUCCGGCGACCGCGGCACCAUGGGCUUCGCCGCGAACCAAACCGCCCUCGCAGACGCCAUCUUCGCGCUCAACAAGCCCGUCAUCCUCGUCCUCCACGGCGGCCGCCCCUUCGCCGUCCCGCAAUACUACUCCCGCGCAGCCGCCGUCGUAGACGCGAAUUUCCCAGGCCAAAGCGGCGGCCAGGCCAUCGCAGACGUGCUCUUCGGCACGGUAAAUCCCGGCGGGAGAUUAACGGUGAGCGUGCCCGUGCACGAGGGGCAGCUCCCCGUCUACUACAACUACAAGCAGACCGCGAAGAAGAAGUGGUACACCGACAUUGAGUCGUUGCCGUACUAUCCCUUCGGCCACGGCCUGUCGUACACCACGUUCAACAUCUCAAACUACCGAGGCGCCACUUCUGCUGGCAGCACUUCGAACUUCACUGCGGGAGAUACGCUUGUGUUCGAAGCCGAUGUCACGAAUACGGGGGAUGUGGUCGGGAGCUACGUCGCGCAGGUGUAUUUGCUGCAACGCGUGAGUCAGAUUUCGCAGCCGCUGAAGCAGCUAGUAGCGUUUCAGAGGGUGUAUGUUGAGCCGGGGAGCACGGUGACGGCGCGGAUGGAGGUCGAGGUUGGGAGGUAUCUGAGGAUGCUGGAUAGGGGGUAUGAGUGGGUUGUUGAGAAGGGGAUGUAUACGUUUGCGAUGCUGGAGAAUGGCGGGUGGGAUGCGCUGUGGAAUGCGGAUGCGGGGGGGAACGUCACGAUGAAGUGUCUGGGCUAG